UCGAAGGUAACAAAUCCUUGUGUCUUCAUUGAUAUCAAUCGAUUAUAUGACAAUUGAAGAAAAAAUUUGGUGUCCCCAUUGAUCCACUAUAUUGGGUCGAGUGUCAAUUGAAUUUACGAAUUCAAAAGAGAUUAUGCUCAGCGCGCUUAUCUUUUUGCUUGUGAUCGUUCGAGCAACGUGAUUGGUUAGUUGUAACUUAAGAUCGGUGUUGUCCAUCGUGUUUAAUCGUUACGUAGUUCUUCCAUCGCAAUUCUGUCAUUGGGACUUUCCUGGGGUGGGAGGAGGAGGUUCUCAGCUGAUUCUCUUUUAUAUACGCGUACCAAACACUGGUUUCUUAGUCAACGUUUGGCAUUCACAGCGAGACGACAGACACAACCAAUCAAGAUGCACUUACUAUCAAAUUUAUUCGUUUGGGCAACCUGCCUGGUAGUCGCCAUGGCUGGACCUACUAAUAAUAAUGACAGGGCUGUCCAGGCUGUCACUGAAGGAACCAACUCCUUCUCAACGUCUUUCUUCGGUGAGGUAGCAUCAUCAAACCAUGGCAAUUUGGUCACUUCUCCUCUUAGCGCUUCCGUUGUUCUUUCCAUGGCUGCCUAUGGUGCCCGCGGAGAGACACAAGAGGAAAUGAAAAGAGUUCUCCAUCUUCCCCCGGAAUCCGACGCUACACCUGGAUAUUCAAGUCUUAUCAAAACUCUUAAUGCCGUAACUGACGUAGAACUUCGUCUCGCCAAUAAAGUUUUCGUCAACAAGAAAUUCAGCGUAAAACCAACUUUCCAACAAUUGACUCAAGAUGCAUUUUUAUCGACCUCGCAAUCCUUGGACUUCUCUCAAAGCUUAGCGGCAGCAAGUACUAUCAACCAAUGGGUUGAGGAGCAAACUAAAAACCGUAUUAAGGACCUCGUCAAAUCCGAUAGUUUAGAUGGUGGAACCGCCAUGGUGCUCGUCAAUGCUGUCUACUUCAAGGGUAACUGGAAGAACAAGUUCAAUUCUAAAUUGACUCAAGAUAGACCCUUCCACGUCAGUAAGACCGAAGUUAAGAAUGUACCUACCAUGCACAGAACUGGAAUGUACAACUAUGGUGUACUUCCCGAAUGUAAAGCUUCCUUCAUCGAGCUUCCAUACAAAGGUGACGAAUUCAGCAUGAUCAUCAUCUUACCUGACGAAGUCGACGGAUUGGCUGCAAUUGAAAAGAAAUUAGCAGUUCACGGUCUCGAAGAAGUUCUUAAGAGAGGACACAAGACCGAAGUUGAAGUUUACUUGCCUAAAUUCAAGAUCGAAAGUACUAUUCAACUCAAUGACCAUCUGCAAAACAUGGGAAUCAGAAAGGCCUUCAGCCAAUCUGAAGCUAACUUCGAAGGUAUUUCCGACACUGGUGUUUACAUCUCUGAAGUCGUACAGAAGGCAUUCAUUGAAGUAAAUGAAGAAGGUAGCGAAGCUGCAGGUGCAACUGGUAUUAUAUUUGCAAUAGAGUCUUCGUUCAGUGAACCACCACCACCACCACCAAUUUUCAAGGCUGAUCGACCCUUCCACGUGAAAAUCAUUAGAAUUGAGAAUCUCUCCAAUAACGAGCCCUCAAAUGGGAAAUUAGAAAUGUUUACCGCACACAUAGUUGGUCCCUCAGAUGAUGCCCAAAAAUAAAAACUGAUUCCUCUGAUAAAGGAUUGCAAAAUAUAUAUUAAUAUUAAGCAGUAACGUUGUAGUAAAUUCUUAUCAGAAAUUUAUGGUUGCAUUUAACGCUUUUCUGUAGAAGGAAAUAAAUACAAAUUAAAAGAGAAAUCAGUGAAAAGAA